UACAUCAUGUCGGAGAACUCCAGUGACAGCGAUUCUUCCUGUGGCUGGACAGUCAUCAAUCAUGAGGGCUCUGAUGUGGAGGCCUUGGCCUCUGAAAAUGAAGGGCCGAGUGAGCCCGUGGAGCUGGGAUCAGAAGAAUCGGUGACCCUUGUGCCGGAAGACCAGCCAGAGGAGCCAGUGGGCUUGCAAGGUGAAUUUGGCCAAAAUGAUGCUUCAUCAGUGGUCGAUCAAAGUGGGCCCCCCUCAGAGACCCCCCAGCCAGCUGCAGAGGGCGAGAGAGAGCAAUUGCCCGAGGAAGGUGCUUGCGUGGGGGCGGUCAGUGACGAUUCCGAUAUUGUUACCCUCGAGACGCCUAAGAUUGAAGAAAUCGGAAGCCCAGAGGAAGUAUCCCUGGGGGAGGAGGAGGAGGAGGAAGCCCCCGUCUCAGAAGAUUUUAACAUGGGCACUUCUUCCAGCAGCCAGUACGCCUUUUGCCGGCCAGAAGCAGUUCUCUCAGCCCCACCCACCUCACAGGAGUCGAGCAGCGACGAGACGAGCCACGGCUCUGGCCCCACCCUGCGGCGCCGGCGGGCCAAGAAGAGGCCAGUCUCCAGCUCCGAGUCGGAAGAGGCCCCGCCUGGCGAACAGGAGCCCGAGCCCGUGCCAGAGCCCGCGGGCAAGCACCAGUUCAGCAGCGGCCUCAAUCGGUGCAUCAUCCUCGCUCUGGUCGUCGCGGUCAGCAUGGGCUUCGGCCACUUUUAUGGUACGAUUCAGGUCCAGAAUCGCCAGCUGAUGGUUGAGAAGACGCACGAAGAGGAACUGGACGGCGUGAAGGACCACCCCCUCCAGUGCCGGCCGGGCCCGGAGCCAGGGGGCGAGUGUCAGUUGCUGAAGGAAGGUCUGGCGACGUGCCUGCUUUCAACGGAGAUGGAGAAGAAGUCCUUUGAGUCUCAGCAAUGGAGCCUUGCUUCCGAAAACCAGCACCUGCGAGAAUCGCUCGAGAGGGAGGAGCAGGCCUUGGCCGUGCUGCAGGAGGAGCUGCGGAAGCUGCGGGAGCAGAUCAGGCACCUGGAGAACCGGAAGGAGGCGGCCGAGAGCCAGAAGCUGGAGGAGGAGAAGCACCGGCGGCAGGGCUUCAUGCAGCAGAAGAAGGCCUUGUUCACCGAGGCCCAGAUGCUGCGGCGAGAGCUGGACAAGGAGCGGCAGCUGACGGCGACCCUCCGGGAGGAGCUGGACCGGCUGAGCUCCCAGCAGGCUCCGCCCGCGGUGGGAGGCCCGCCGGAAGAGAGCCGGGGGAUCGAGGCGCUGCGGGGGCGGCUGGAGGAGCUGGAGAAGAAGCUGAGCUUCGAGCAGCAGCGCUCCGACCUGUGGGAGAAGCUGUACGUGGAAGUCAAGGGCCACGCGGAGGAGAGGCAGCGGGAGCGGGCGGGGAAGCCGGGCGGGAAGGGAGCCGGCAAAGCCAGGAAGAAGGCCAAGGCCGGCUUCUUUGGGUCGGUGAAGGAGACGUUUGACGCCAUGAAGAAUUCGACCAAGGAGUUUGUAAGGCACCACAAGGAAAAGAUUAAGCAGGCCAAAGAAGCCGUCAAGGAGAACUUGAGGAAAUUCUCCGAUUCCGUCAAGUCCACCUUCCGGCACUUCAAGGACACUACGAGAGACAUCUUUGAGGAGGGGGGGGAGAAGAGGCGACCCGGGGGGGAGGGGCCCCCCAAAGGGAAAUCGGGGGCCCACAAGCCGAUGCCCUACCGGGCCCCCGGCGGCCAGAGAGAGUCCCGAGAGGGGAGGGGGGCCAAGGAGGGCCGCCCCCCUCGGGGGCCCCGGGAGCCGGCCUCGCCAGAGCGUGGCAGGAAGCCCCAUGCCGUCCUCAAGGGCUGUGCGGGCAUUUUUGACUGUGCUCACCAGGAGUUCCUGAGCCUGUUCGACCGAGUCCUGGAUCCCAUCCGUGCGGAUGAGUUUCAUCAGCUCAUGCGCAAAUACCUGCAGCAAGAGGUGGACAACUUCCAUCACUGGAGGGAACUGGACGGCUUCGUCAGUCAGUUUUUCCACAAUGGUGUCUUCAUCCACGACCAGAUGCUCUUCACGGACUUUGUCAGCGACGUCAAGGAUUAUCUGGAAGACAUGAAGGAGUACCGGCGGGACAGGGAGAGGAAGGCCUUUGAGGACGUGGACAGUUACAUCUACACCUACUACUUCCGCCACGACCACCCCCCCCAGCAGGGGCCCAGGCAGCCGCCGAGGAGGGCUUCUUCCGCCCAGCACCAGGAAAGGCCCUCCCCGAAGUACCAGCAGCGCCACAGAAAGGAAAGAGAAGGCAAGUGGCACAAGCAGGGGCGCGCCAAUGGCCGGCACGUGGCAAACGUGGAGAUUGAGUGGGGCCAGCUGCCCUUGGACCCCAAGUACUGACGCUGUGGCUGUGUGGCCAAGUGCGGCCUGCCGAGGACAGCGUGGACAGGCAGGCGCCCGUGCUUGGGGUGGGGGGGGGGCGGCUUGGCCUCCCCCGUGACUCUCUUCUCCCCCAAGGACCAGCUGGGCUUCUCCGUCUCUCCCUCUCCCUCUCUCUGCCCUGGCCUCACUGCCCCCUUGGGAAAUCUUAAUUUGGUUGCGUUUCUACAAUUGCAAUAAAUCAGGGUACGCAGUCGCUCCUGUGUGGGUGUGUGUGGAAAACAAGCUUACUUGUGGAUGCUAGAACACAGCCUUGAUUCAGGCCUGAUGUCCAAGUAAUCGGGUGGUCUGUGAAAUUCAUCUCAUUUUGGUCUCAUAAUUGUGUCUUUGUUCCUGUGUUGCGGUGGGGUGUGUGUGUGCGCGCUGCUGUGCUUUCUGAUCAGCCUCCUAACUUGCAUUUGAAAUUUCCUGCACAUUUGCAAAG